CAAACACUUAAUUCCCACUAUCUGCGAGACGGCGCUACUCAAACCGCCAUGGCAUCAUUUAAAUAAAACCUAAAAGAGCGUGGACUCCUCUACCGGCAUAUUUCGGGUGAAUUAUGAAAGUUUUAUUGUUAAUUUGUUGUUGUUUAGUGCUGCUGACCGAUGCUGAAAGUGCCCGCAUUCUCGGGAUCUUUCCAAUGGCCGGCACCAGCCACAACAUCCUCACUUCCAAGCUGAUGAGGGGUUUGGUGGCUGCUGGCCACGAUGUUACAAUGAUCAGUUGUUACCCCAUGAAAGAUGUACCGAAGAACGGAAAAUAUACCGAUAUUGUGCUGGACGGAUUUGCUGAGAGGCACUUUGAAAUGGUCUUCAAAAUGAAUUUAUUCGAAUUCCAAAACCAAGGAAUCUUGCAAGUGAUGUAUCACAUGUCCUACUUGACUAUUCGCGAUACUAAUGAUACGUUCCACCAUCCGAAAGUCAGACAACUGCUGGCUUCGAACCAGCAAUUCGACGCUGUUAUUGUGGAACAAUUCUGGAACGACGCUUUGAAGGUGUUUGCCCACAUCUACAGCUGUCCGUUGAUCGUUCUGAGCAGUAUGGGGCCGAACCCUUGGGUGAAUCCAACCGUUGGCAAUCCGCAGCCGGUCUCAUACGUGCCCCAUCUGCUGAGCGGGGACUUUUCCAGAGAUUUAUCCAUCUGGAACAGGGCCACUAACAUGGUUGCCUAUUUGCUGGAAUAUCUGGUUACUCAAUUCAUCACCUUGCCUGCCAAUGAGAAGAUCAUGCAUCAAGCCUUCCCUAACUCGCCGCCCCUGUACGACAUCUACACCAACGUGUCUUUGGUGCUGUUGAAUUCGCACACCAGUCUCUAUCCAGCGCUGCCAACUGUUCCCAAUAUGGUGGAAAUUGGAGGCUUCUUUGUCGAUCCUCCGAAGAAGCUCCCGGAUGAUAUCCAGACAUUCCUGGAUAGCGCCACUGAUGGCGCCAUCUACUUCAGCAUGGGCUCCAACUUGAAAAGCAAGGACAUACCACCAGAGAGGAGGCAAAUUCUGCUGAAUGUUCUGGGGAAAUUGAAAAUGAAGGUUCUGUGGAAGUUUGAGGAGGAUUUACCGGGGAGACCUGCAAAUGUGAUGAUUCGCAGCUGGUUGCCACAGCAGGACAUUUUGGCUCACCCCAAUAUAAAGCUCUUCAUAACGCAUGGAGGACUUCUGAGUACCACGGAAACUGUCUACCAUGGUGUCCCAAUUCUGGCACUUCCAGUGUUUGGAGAUCAAUCAUCCAAUGCGGAUCGAGCAGUUUACAACGGCUACGGGUUAAAGUUGCACUACAAUGAUCCAAACUUCAGCGAAGAACUGCUGGAGAAACUGAUCCUGGAAUUGUUGAAUAAUCCCAAGUAUCGGAAGAAUGUUCAGGAAAAAUCGAAGAUUUUCCACGAUCGCUCACAAAAACCCAUGGACACGGCGGUCUACUGGAUUGAGUACGUUAUUCGGCAUAAAGGAGCGCCUCAUUUAAGGGUGGCUGGAGUUAGGCUGCCUUGGUACAAAUAUUUUAUGCUGGAUGUGCUCGGUAUUGCAUUUUUCGGAUUAUUUGCAGCUGUUUUUGCUCUCAAGUCCCUUCUGGGUAGGCUGUGCCGUAGAAAAGGAAGACCAGUAGCGAGUAAGAAGGGAAAGAAAGUGAAAAAACAGUAAAAAUGCAAAUAACACAGUUGAAACGGUGAAAAAUAAAUCAAAUGGGAUCACAAGAAAAACCUUUGUGUUUUUAGAAGAAAA